AAACGACGCCCAAAAAUAUCACUAAAAAACGAUACAUAGUCGAUUCAUACAGUCCAGGCGUAAUCCCCCAUCAAAGCACCUUUGAAGAACACCAUUUUUUUGGCCUACCCAAAUCCUCCAUGCACUACUAUUUCUCUCCGCUCCAUCAAAUUCCUUAUCAACUUCGAUCAUACAAACGCUACUCUCAACGAAUCGACAAUCGACUUUCCCUUCUCUUCACUUGGACACCAAUUUCUCUUCAACAAUCCUGCUACAAUUUCUCUUGACUUUGAUCUGUGUCAGAAGCUAGAGGGAUCCUCGAUUGUUUCAAACUACUCUAGAAGCAUUCGAUUGGUUUUAAGGUUUCGUUGAGGAGUAUUUCUUCUUUUCAGGUUUCGGUGAAGGGAGGAGUAUUCGUUGUGCCGAUAUUUGUGUAGGGACUGAUUCUGUUCAUGGAUACUGUAUUUGGAAUUCAGCUGCUGAGCGUCCAUAGUGAGGUUUGGUUCGACAUUGAUGUUCAAUGGCAAUGUUAAGGAGUACUUUUCCUUUUGAAGUAUGAGGAAACGCUUAGUCAACGAAACAAAUAGGUGGCUGCUGAAGGUUCUAUAGUAAACAAAAAACCCUGCCGUUUUAAUAAGAAAGCAAAGCAGGCAAGUGUAGACGAAAAGUUAAGAAUGGAUUGUAAUAAAGAUGAGGCUGCAAGGGCUAAAGCAAAAGCUGAGGAGAAAUUUACAGCAAAGGACAUAGUAGGGGCUAAAAAAUUUGCUUUAAAGGCACAAAAUUUAUAUCCAGGGCUUGAGGGUAUCUCUCAAAUGUUAGCCACACUUGAUGUCUAUAUUUCUGCAGAAAACAAAAUAAAUGGAGAAGUAGAUUGGUAUGCGAUACUUGGUGUGAAUCCACGAGCUGAUGAGGAAACGGUCAGGAAACACUACAGGAAGCUAGCUCUUAUUCUUCACCCUGAUAAAAACAAGUCUAUAGGAGCUGAUGGGGCUUUUAAGCUUAUUUCUCAGGCUUGGAGUUUGUUGUCUGAUAAAUCAAGAAGAGUAGUAUAUGACCAGAAGAGGAAUGGUAGCAUCAACAAAACUAUUUCAGCUUCAAGAGGGACUUCAUCUUCGCCAUCUGGGAGAAAUGGUUUCUACAAUUUCACAAAAAGUGCUACUACUUCAAAUAUGAAGAGACAGAAAAGUGCACCGCGAUCAGAUCAUUCCUCAGCUUCAUCUCAGAAACCAAGACCAACCUUUUGGACUGUGUGCCAUCGGUGCAAGAUGCAGUAUGAGUAUCUCAGAGUCUAUCUGCAUCAUAAUCUUGUUUGCCCCAACUGUCAUGAGCCAUUUUUUGCUAUUGAAACGCCCCCACCCCCUGCAAAUGGUGUGAAGUCUAAUGGAUGGGAUUUUACGCAGCCAAGUUAUCAAACUGGCAGUAAAACUGCAUAUAGUCAAGGGAGGAGUAAUAUUGCCUCAUCAUCAAAUCAGUCCACACAUAGCCAAAACAACUUUCAAUGGGGUCCUUUCUCAAGAACAGGUGGUGCUUCGUCUGCUGCUCAAGCUGCAACUGUAGUUCAGCAGGCAUAUGAGAAAGUGAAAAGGCAACGCGAGGAGGCACAAGCUGCCAAAAGAGAGGAACGAAGAAAGCAUCAGACGUCUAGGAAAGCCCCUGGUGCUUCAUCUACAGGGCACACUGGUUCUGCAAAGAGAAGAAGAGGUAUAGAUGACGUUUCUUCUGGCUCCCAUGCAAGAGAUAUGACCAAUCAGUCGAAAACUGGCCUGGAAAGGACCAGGUUGGGCAAUCUGUCUGGCUAUACACAAAGUAAUCUAAAUAGAAAUACCAAGCUUCAGAGCUCUCAGGAUGCUUCUCUUAGUGAAUUUCGGAAUUUAUUAAUCAAGAAGGCCAAGAUGGAAAUAAGGAAAAUGUUACGUGAAUUGAAUUCCCCAACUUCAACCACUGGUGCAGUCAAAGAGGGAAAUGGGAAGGAGCAGGUAACUGGGAAGAGAGAGGCAAUUCCAGUGAGUGAUAAAAAGGGUAAUAAAGAAAUAUCAAUUGAACUUCUGAACUUAAAGAGGGAAUCACAGUCAGUGAUUGGUUUUCCUAGCAAUUCAUGUUCCCGUGAAGCAGGAAUGAUGGUAAUAGAUGUCCCUUAUCCGGAUUUUCACAAUUUUGAUAGAGACUGUACAGAAAGCUCUUUUGGAGAUAAUCAGGUCUGGGCUGCUUAUGACGAUGACGAUGGCAUGCCUCGACGUUAUGCCUGGAUUCAAAGUGUAGUAUCUUUGAGCCCAUUUAAAAUGAAAAUUCGUUGGCUAAAUCCAAUAACUGAUAAUGAAUUGGGUUCACUGAGUUGGGUUAGCUGUGGUUUUCCAAAAACAUGUGGGGGUUUUAGAACUGGGAGGUGUGAGCUUUAUAGCUCCCUUAAUUUUUUUUCACACAAGGUCAGAUGGUCAAAAGGCACAUACGGAGACAUUUGCAUAUAUCCCAGAAAGAGAGAUGUAUGGGCUCUUUAUAGGAAUUGGUCCCCUGAAUGGAAUGAACUGACAUCAAAUGAGGUAAUACACAAGUAUGACAUGGUAGAAGUUCUUGAGGAUUAUAACAAAGAAGUAGGUGUUAUUGUUACUCCCCUUCUCAAGGUGGCCGGUUUCAAGGCUGUAUUUCAUCAGCAUUUGGAUCCAAACCAAGUAAGAAGGAUCCCUAAAGAUGAGAUAUUUCGGUUUUCUCAUCUUGUACCUUCACGCUUGCUCACAGGUAAAGAAGCGCCAAAUGCUCCGAGAGGUUGCAGGGAACUGGACCCUGCAGCCACUCCUAUUGAUCUUCUUCACAUUAUAGAAACUCCAAAGGAAGAAAUCAUAGAGAUUGAGGAUUUUAAACCACAAAGUUCUGUGAUUGAGAUCGUAGAUGUUAGUGACGAAAAAAUGGAAAAGAAACCAACGGAAGCAAGAAAAGAGGAUAUCAUGAAACCUAUAGCGAUAGAAGUUGCGGAAGAUGUCCUAGAACUUAAACUGGUCAGGAAAACAGUGCACACUAAUGAAAUGCAAGUUUCUUGAACAUGGAUUAUCUAUUCGUCAUCGGCAUGAAUGCCACCCGUGGAAGCUCCCUUGGAUUUGCAAGUUCUGUAUAUAUUCCCUCCCAUAGCUGUUUUACAGAGCCGUCAGUUUGUGACCUACUCAAGUAAGAAUGAAUACUGAAGAGGGUGCAUUUUUGAACGUGUUGGACGCUUCAUUUUGAUGCAUAUAAGAGAAGGGGCCUCAACGAGAAUCAGGUGUUUUUUCUGGAUGUCUUGGGUUGUUCUCUCUUUUGUACUUGGCCAUGCCAUUAUAACACGUAAGUUUAAUCUGCAUUAGUGUUUAGAGGGUUCCUUCACUUUGACUGAAUAUCGCAGAAUACUGCUUUCGGGGAUGGAUUAAAAGUUUGAUGCAUGUAAUGGGUUUAAUGAACCCAUGAAUUCAUUAUAAUUCAUGAGUUGUCUUGAAACUAUCAAGUCUAUAGAAACCAUAUUUUCCAUUUUGGUCAUGGUGAUAAGUUUGUAAUGAUACAAAAUCAUUUUAAAGUUUGGGGAAUUUUGUUGUACAGCAACGGAUAUGAACUGGUAAAAUUUGGAAUUAUUUGCGAUUUUGAACACGAUGUCUUUACAAGAAGGAAGUGAAUAGUUUAA